AUGGCAACAACCACUGAGCCCACGGCCUUGAAGAAAGAGGAAGAAGAAGAGGAUGACUCGAAGGCAUCUGCUGAGGACGAGGACACAGGGGCCCCGAUUGCCCCGAUCGUCAAACUCCAGGAGGUCUAUGUUGCUACCGGCGAAGAAAAUGAGGAUAUUAUACUUGAUUUGAAAGCGAAGUUGUAUAGAUUUGACAAAGAAGGUAGCCAAUGGAAGGAGAGGGGAGUCGGGACUGUAAAGUUAUUAAAGCACAAGAAGACCGGCAAAGUUAGGCUUGUUAUGAGGCAGAACAAGACUCUUAAGAUAUGUGCCAAUCAUCUCGUCCUACCCACAUUGACACUGCAAGAGCAUCAAGGUAAUGACAAGUCUUGUGUGUGGCAUGCUGCUGAUUUUGCUGAUGGGGAGCUAAAGCAGGAGACUUUCUGUAUCCGCUUUCCAUCAGUUGAAAAUUGCAAAUCAUUCAAAGAUAAGAUUGUAGAAAUUACGGAAUCUCAAGCAAAGGUCACUGGAGAUAGCGAAGAAGGUACCGCUGCUGCUAGUCUUAUUGAGAAGUUGAGUGUUGGAGGAAAUGACAAAGAAGAUAAAGAGUCGAAAGAUGCAUCUUCGGCUGCAGGAGAGAAAAAGGAGGAGGACAAAGAGAAAAAGGAGGGUGACAAAGAGAAACCUGAGGCCAAGGAGUAA